UAAUGUUGUUUUUUACUUCCUGCGUGUGCUGUUUCCAUCUGUGAAAUGAUUAAGCAGAUAAUUGAGCAUUCGUUGAUGCAAUGCUUGACUUAUUAGAACUGUAGAAUUUGCCAACUUUUCGACUGCGAAGGAAACAAUUUGUGUGAAUUUAUCGAUCCCCGGAGAGGCGUCAUUGAGCUGUUGCUAGCGCGGAAGAAAGCUAUAUUAGUGCCAUUUAUUUCUGAAGUGUAUAAGGUCAGGAGAAGGACACGGCUGAAGAAAGUGAGAACAUAAAAAAAAUAAAAAUCAACGCAAUCCUCCGGAAUUUUGGACGUAGUGGUGUACUUGUUGAUUGUAGUUACGUGAGUGAGAGAAGUGUGUGCUGUAGGAAAGGAUAAACAUAGUAUGAAAAUAUGAGUGCUUCAACGCCAACACAACAAACUGGCGCCGGUGGACCCCCGGUGCCACCGGUAAAGCCGGUACUAUCAUCUCCCGGUGCGUACAUGGCCAACUUCCAGGGCACCACCGGUGGCGGUGGAGGGGCUACCGUACCAACGCCUCCGAUCACUGCCGGGAUCCAUGGAACGAACAAAACGCACGAGAAACCCACGAUAGCCGCACGGCCAAUACCACCACCUAAGUUGCCAAACUAUUCGUCUUCUUUCAACAAAAUCGACCGCGAUCGGAAUGAAUUCACCAAGAUCGAUAAAGCGGAACGGGAAAAGUUGGCAACCAAGCGUGAAAUGUUCUUCAAAUCGGAGAGCAACAGUCCAUCUGGACCACCACCGAACCCACCGGUAGGAUUGAACAAUCUCAACUUGGCUAACAACAAUGUGAUCCAUAACAACAACGCGUCGCAUUUAAAUAGUGCCAAUGCUGGUAAUGAUAAGCACAGUGUAGCCAUUCCUAUCGCGGCUGCCACUAACAACAGUUCCACGGGAUCGGUCUCGAUCGGCGCAAUGGUCUCUAAUCACAGCACUAACAACAAUCAGCACACUAACUUAAACGGUGGCGCUGCUGGUACUGGUUCUGCAUCGAACGGUAGCUCAGGAGGUGGAAUAGCUAUGGCUAACAAUGGAGGAAGUUUGAACGGUCUGGCGGCCAAUAUGAAUAGUAUUUCCCUGAAGGAGAAACGGGACGCGUUGCUGAACCACCACGACGGUGUGGGUGCCAAUGGGCAUCAUAAUCACCACGUUGAGUCUUCGCUAGUGAACGCAAAACUUGCAGCUGAGCGUCAUGACAAGGAAAAACCUACUUUAAAAUCCAAACCGAAGGAGCUAGACGGGUAUGUCGGGUUUGCGAACUUGCCAAACCAAGUGUACCGGAAGGCGGUCAAAAAGGGCUUCGAGUUGACGCUGAUGGUGGUGGGUGAAUCCGGCCUAGGCAAAUCGACAUUGAUCAAUUCCAUGUUCCUGUCGGACAUCUAUCACGCCGAACAGCACCCUGGACCGUCGAAGCGCAUCAAGAAAACGGUCGCCGUCGAGAGCACCAAAGUAUUACUGAAGGAAAACGGCGUUAACUUGACUUUGACCGUUGUAGACACGCCCGGCUUUGGUGAUGCCGUAGACAAUAGCAACUGUUGGAUACCAAUCGUGGACUUUGUUGAGUCAAAAUACGAAGAAUAUUUGACAGCCGAAUCGCGUGUCCACCGGACCGCACUGCCCGAUUCGCGUGUGCAUGUGUGCCUGUACUUCAUUGCACCGUCUGGACACGGGUUGAAGCCGCUCGAUAUCGAAUUCAUGCAGAGACUGUGUGAUAAAGUAAACAUUAUUCCAGUCAUCGCUAAGGCGGACACUCUUACACCGGAAGAGAUAACACUCUUCAAGAAGCAGAUAUUAAAUGAAAUCGCACAGCACAAGAUUAAGAUCUACGAUUUUCCUGACCCUCUCGAUGAGGAAGAAGAUGCUAAAGUGCUCCGGCAACUGCGCAGCCGCGUACCAUUCGCAGUCGUUGGUGCGAAUGCUAUUAUCGAGAUUGAUGGACGUAAAGUACGCGGUCGACGGUAUCCUUGGGGUGUUGCUGAAGUUGAAAACCUGGACCAUUGUGAUUUCAUUGCCUUACGCAAUAUGGUCAUUCGGACAAAUCUACAGGACUUGAAGGACGUGACCAACAACGUGCACUAUGAAAAUUACCGCUGUAGAAAAUUGGCCGGGCUUGGUAGCGAUGGAAAGGCCAAAUUAAGCAACAACUUAUGCAAUAUUGGAUCAGUUAACACAAAUGGUAUUGGAUGGAACCCAUUAGCUCAAAUGGAAGAAGAAAAACGGGAGCAUGAAUCGAAAAUGAAAAAGAUGGAGGCUGAGAUGGAACAAGUUUUCGAGAUGAAGGUGAAAGAGAAAAAGCAAAAGCUGAAAGAUUCCGAAGCAGAGUUAACCAGACGUCACGAGGAGCGCAAAAAGGCACUGGAGCUUCAAAUUCGUGAGCUAGAGGAUCGUAGAAAGGCUUUCGAGAUGGAAAAAGCUGAAUGGGAACAGCAAAAUGGCGUCACGUUGGACGAGCUUCGUCGCAAAAGCUUGGAGGCAAACAGCAAAGAAACUGUGGACGGCAAAGACAAAGGUAAGAAAAAGAAAGGACUGUUCUAGAGUUUUGGAUACCGUUAGAGUGUGGUAUAAAACAAUCGGCGGAGAAAGUGUGCGGUGGUGCUACCGCGUGACGCUGACAAUGAGAAAAGACGAUGACGAUGAGCGGCUAUUGUUUAACUGGAUCCACAGAAACAAAGAAGGUAAUACUGUUCGAGGAAGCGCACAACAUCCGGCAGUACUGACCAGUUAUCUUGUAAUGUGACGAUGAUGGUUGCGUUAGAAAGAUGCGCGAUGGUAUAAUGUUAGCGCACACUUCUUUACGACCGCAACCUUGUUCUUAACUACAUCUCAAACGGCGCAACGUUUUUCCCAGACAAGUUUCAACUAUGCUAUAUUAUAUUAGUGUAAGUCAUUCGACGGAUUCAUUCAGCAAAGGAUAACAAGCUAACCAGGGAUAUGUGUUAUUUUGAGCUUGUAUUGACAUAAGUUUGAAUGCGACUUGAGUAAGCUUCUAAACACGCUAGUAUCAGCAUAUGAUUUUCCAAAUUGGUCUUUUCAGAAAAUUCAUUCGGAAAAAAAUCGGUACGCAAAUUUGUAGGAGUAGAAAAAACCAUUUUUUAUCAAAAUCAAUCAAAUUCUUCAGUUUAACACUGAAAAUAAAUGUACUACUCUAAAUGGUACUAUUUUGAAUGAUGUAAUUUUUUGUCGCUUGCUAUACACAAGCAGCAUACACAGACAACAUUGGUAUUUUGACCCACCGUGUCAAUCAUCUCAAACUCAACUCAAAUCAUGAAAUUAUCUUUAACUUUGAAGAUUAUGUGGCUCGACAAGGAUGAUGAUUUUGGAUCAUUCAAAAAACAAAGAACAUAUACUACACUCCUACUCCUGCCCGGACAGAUAUAAAUGCCAUAUAUAUUUAGAGUAAAUGUAUAUUUAUUGAACUAUUUUUUAAGAAUCAUGACUUAUUUUUUAUACAAAGAAGACGAUAUUUGUUAGACCUUUUUUGAUAUUUACAUAUAUUACAUACAAUAAGGGAACCGGAAUUAGAUUUCACAUAAUGGCGCAGCUAGAAGUUAGUUCGAGUCGAUUCAAUAAGCAGCGGAAUUAAAGAAAAAAUUAAACGCAUCAAUGAAAGAACACAAACUUUUCAAUCUUACUGUUUCGAAAAAUGAUCCCAUUAAAGCAAUAAAAUAUGAGCAUGUUCCUCCUAGAUUCUUUAUUCGAUAAAAAAAAUUACAGACCUGGCAUACCUAAGUAAGCCAUUUAAAACAAUCAAAUUCAAUAUCGAUGUAUUCCAAGUUUUUAUUUAACGAUAAUUGACAUCAUCAUACAUCAUUUAUGCAUUAGCAGGCAAAAAAUAAGCCACCUCUUUUGACCAUGCAUAUUCUUUGUAAAAAAAGGCUUAAUACUAAUGCAAGAUGGAUAGUUCAUAUAAUUACAGAAACUUUCCAUUAUGCGCUUCAAUAAUGCAGCAAAGCAGGGAUGUUAUGGCACAGCCACACUAGUCCAAGUUUUAUGACUAUGCACAAAUAUAUACACAAACAACGAAUGAUAGAAAGCCGUUAACCGCGAAAGAAGCUCAUUGCGAUACGAAACAAACGCUCCUGGUAGGAUAGGCAUGAUCGGUCUCAUUUUGCCGGAGUGUUUUGUAACUGUAGCUGAUUUCUAGUGCUUUUACUACAACCUGUUAGAGCAUUCAUGAGUGUUCAAAUUGUAUUGAAAUUAUACGGAUUAAACACUCGUAUAGUAAAAUUGAACAGCGAAUGAAUUGUAACAUGGUAUUGUCUUAUGAUAUUUUCUUUUCUCUGGAAAGACAAUUUUCAUUCUGACAACUGUUGUUGCAUCGCAUCACAGAACAAACACUGCAAAUUCUAAUGAACAAACAAUGAAAAGUACUUCACGAGAUGUGCUAAACAAAUGAACAUUUUAAUCUAGCUUCAUUGCAUACCCAUAGUCGUAUGUAGCAGAAUUGCAUGGAAAAAGCAAUAGAGAGAAAAUAAAGCGCUAAAUAAAAAUCUAAAGUCCACCAAAUGCAACAAAAGUGCAACCAAUUCCAAUCAAUCGUUGUACAAACUAAAAAAAUAAUAUUCAAUUCAUAAUCCAAGAAUCGCGUCACGCUACAAAAUGAAAAUUUUCGAAAUAAGAAAUUGAACUCAUUAAAUCCUUCACUUUUUAAAUCUUAGCAUAGUAUAAAGCACCUUGACGUUCGUAAAGCAAGGAUAACUAUAAGACACUGAAAUAAAUUUAAGAAUUUAAGAAUAAAAAUUGUAUACACAUCAGAUGAAAAAUCAAAUGCAGUUACUACUUCAUAUUUUUGCAAAUACACAAGCACCAGGUAAUGACCAGA